AUGCCGCGCACCGCCAUAAAGGGUCAAGUCCUCGCUGAUCUGGUAGCUGAAUUCGCGGAACCAACCGUGGAAGGAGUGGACGUGUCAGGGUCACCGAAUAAUGAUAGGAGACUGGUCAGUGCGAUUUCUGUGCAAGAGCACGAUGAGUGGAGGGCAUACAUUGAUGGUGCAGCGAACCAAAAGGGAUCUGGAGUGGGGCUCGUUCUGAUCUCUCCCGAAGGUAUAACCCUGGAGAAGUCGUUGAGACUGGGAUUCCAGGCAACGAACAACGAAGCUGAGUAUGAAGCGCUGCUGGAAGGGAUGUUGAUGAUCCGGAAGCUGGAGAAAAGCCUGGACCUCCUUGAAGAGAGAAGGGAUUGCGCGAUGGUGCAUCUAGCUCAGUACCAGCAAAAGCUCAAGCGGGGCUAUGACGCCAAGGUGAAGUCAAGGCCGUUGACGCCUGGGGACCUAGUGCUAAGGAAAGUCCUCGGCAAUGCGAGGAACCCUGCCUGGGGAAAACUCGGGCCGAAUUGGGAGGGUCCAUACCGUAUCACCUCUGUGGCUGGCAUUGGAGCGUACUAUUUGGAAGACUUGGAUGAACGUGUAGUGCCUCGUCCGUGGAAUGUAAAUAACCUGAAAAGGUACUUUUAUUAA